AUGGGUAGUGGGCAUUUUGUCGCUGAAGGGUAUGGAAAAGCAGCUUUUAUGAGAAACAUCCAGAUUGUUGACAUCCACAACAAGCUUGUCACUCCAAAUAGACACAAAGACCUUCUUGGAACUAGUGAUAAAACAAAAUAUAGUAUUGAUGGCUAUGUAGUUGAUAAUCAUGGUAUGCAUAUGUACUAUGGUGGACCAGGUAAUUUAGCCUGA